AAUAAUCCCUAGGGCAACACUCUGUUUGUAAGCCGAGCUGGGCUCCUCGAUCAAGCAAUGGCAGCGUCAAUGCAGCUCCUAGUGCAGGCAUCCGCGCAUCCAAUUGGCGCAAGAUCGCCACUCUCAUCGGCAUUUCACGGCAGCGUCGUGCAUCAGCAUGAUUUCAGUGCUCGCGCGGGGAAUUUCCGGGCCAAAGGUCGUGUAGUCUGCCAAGUGGAUGAAUCCUCCCAGAGCAAAACCGAUCGAUGGCAAGGCCUGGGGACCGAUACGUCGGAUGAUCAGCAGGAUAUUACGAGAGGAAAGGGGAUGGUGGAUUCGCUGUAUCAAGGCCCUCAAGGAGGAGGAACGCAGACUGCCGUUAUGUCGAGUCUCGAGUACCUCAACACCGCUCAGCGCGUCUACUCUAUGGAUAACACCAUCGAUGGGUUAUACAUCGCUCCAGCGUUCAUGGACAAGCUCGUCAUUCACAUUUCCAAGAAUUUCAUGGCUCUUCCGAAUAUUAAGGUUCCUCUUAUUCUCGGUGUUUGGGGAGGCAAAGGACAAGGAAAAUCAUUUCAGUGCGAAUUGGUGUUUUCCAAACUAGGAAUCAAUCCCAUUGCAAUGAGCGCUGGAGAGCUCGAGAGCGGCAAUGCUGGAGAACCUGCAAAGCUAAUCCGACAGAGAUAUCGGGAAGCAGCUGAUAUUAUCAAGAAGAAAGGCCAAAUGUGCGUCUUGUUUAUCAACGACCUGGAUGCCGGUGCUGGAAGAAUGGGAGGGACUACGCAGUACACCGUCAACAACCAGAUGGUAAAUGCAACACUGAUGAACAUCGCGGACAAUCCAACCAACGUCCAACUGCCUGGAAUUUACACCAAGGAGGAGUUACCCCGAGUUCCGAUCAUUGUGACUGGAAACGAUUUCUCGACUUUGUAUGCACCUUUGAUCCGUGACGGUCGCAUGGAGAAGUUCUACUGGGCGCCUACAAGGGAGGACAGGAUUGGCGUUUGUAAAGGCAUUUUCAGAAGUGACGAGGUACCUGAUGAGGACAUCGUUAAACUUGUGGACACCUUUCCAGGACAAUCUAUAGACUUCUUUGGUGCUCUGAGGGCCCGAGUCUACGAUGACGAGGUUAGAAAGUGGAUUACCCAGGUUGGGGUGGAAAAUAUAGGCCCGAAGCUGGUCAACUCUAAGGAUGGUCCCCCGACUUUUCCAAAGCCUCCCAUGACGAUUGACAAGCUACUCGAAUAUGGAAAUAUGCUUGUUAAAGAGCAGGAGAAUGUGAAGCGAUAUCAUCUGGCUGAUAAGUAUAUGAAGGGGAGUUCCUUGGGUGAUGCAAAUGAGGAUGAAAGGGAGAAGGAUACCUUCUACGGCAAAGCUGCCCAAGCGGUCAAGCUUCCAGUUCCAGAAGGCUGCGCUGAUCCCUUCGCAAGAAACUUCGAUCCUACGGCCAGAAGUGAUGACGGAACUUGUGAAUAUGAUUUUGCUGAGAAAACUCCCGCAACGAGUUCUUUGAAACAAGACAAUUUGUAUGGCAAGGCUGCACAACAGAUUAAUCUUCCAGUGCCGGAGGGAUGUACCGAUUCCAAUGCUAUAAACUUCGAUCCAACGGCAAGAAGCGAUGAUGGAACUUGUGUUUAUGAUUUUUCCAAAGGUCAAAAAGCUGAAAAAAAUAAUUUAUAUGGAAAAGCUGCACAGCAAAUCAAUCUUCCAGUUCCUGAGGGUUGUACCGAUCCCAAUGCUGCUAAUUUCGAUCCGACUGCAAGAAGCGAUGAUGGAACUUGCGAAUAUGACUUUUCUGCUGAAGCUUCUAAACCCAAAAUUUCCGUCGCCGAUAAAUCCAACAUUUACGGAAAGGCCGCACAACAGGUUAACAUUCCAGUGCCUGAAGGGUGCGCAGACCCCAAUGCAGCGAACUAUGACCCAACCGCAAGGAGUGACAAUGGAUCUUGCAUUUAUGAUUUUGACGAGAAGGUUGAAUCGGACGCCACGAAGAAAUCCGAAGUGAAAGCGCUAGAUGAGAAAAAAAGUGGAAUUCCUGAAAAGGUUAUCAAGGUUGUUCUAGCGAUUCUCUCGCUUCCAUUUUCUCGAGGGAAAUCCGCUGGAGCAAAAGAGAAUGAAAACCCUUUCUUAAGUUUCUCAACUGGAAAACGCAGCUUUGUUGCUCAAGCAGUGUAUACACUAGGGGCAUUGCACGGUACUUAUGACAAUUUUGCUUUCGCUGACGAAGAGCCGUGUCCAACUGUGACACGCAAAGUUUUUCUGGACAUCAGCAUCGAUGGAGAACCGGCAGGCCGCGUCGUCGUUGGACUCUACGAAGACGACGUACCAGUGGGCGCCAGACGCUUUGGAGAGAUUGCGGCUGGUCAGAAGGGAGUGAGUUAUAGGAAGCGAGAUUUUUACAAGAUAACAGGGAACUACAUACAGAAUGGAGGCCUCAGGACCUUCAGCCUGAGCGGUAGAGCCAAGGAUACAGCUCAAUUCGCAGGUGGUCUAGACGCUAAAGCUCUAGCCAGCGAGAUGAAAACGCUAGACGAGACGGGGAAACGGCCGAAGAACGUGAAAGGUGCGGUUUCGAUCAUGGCCAUAGAUGCCACAAAGCCUCCAGCAAAGCCGAAACUUAUAGCUCGCGACGGGAAGUUUGAAGUCGUAUACGAAGAGUCACGGCCGGAUCCAAACGGGACUGAGUUUUGCAUUGCCUUUGAGGAUGCUCCGGAGCUUGAUCCAACGAAUUCGGUGGUAGGCCGGGUGGUAGAAGGCCUGGACGUUGUCCGGAAGAUCGCGAGUACCAGGGUGGUCAAAGAUAACACGAGCAAUCUUUACUUCCGUACUGCCAAGCUUAUAGGCGAUACCCGAGCAGUGGUCGCUGAGAGGGGAUUCAAUCGACCAUAUGCAAAGAUUGUCAUUUCGCAGUGUGGCAUUCUUGGUACUUACUCUUGCAAAGUUCUUUCUUUCCUUUCAACCUAGCUCUGAUCCAUGCGUGUUUCUGUCGCCAGACAACUGAUACAAACAGCUUUACGCAAACGCUCAUGUUCUUCCAACAAGAAUGCUCUAUCUAAAUUGAUGGAAUCGAUCCAAGGAUACUGGCAGCGGCAACGCGAUUGAACGCGUCAGUGAAAUGGAUCCCGUCCCAGCUGAUGUAGGAGGACGGGGACUCGCAAACCGGCGUGGCAAUCACCCCGCACUGCUUCACGGCUUCAUGGAGUUUGCCGCCGCCACCGCAGCAAGCACUCAACUUCGAGCUUGGCGCAAAUCCUGCCGCGAGAAAGAUCAACAAAGCUCGAUCAGCACAACGUACCGUGAAGCUCGGGAUUGGCAAUCACAUCCUUGUGAACCGCGAAGAUAUCUCCAAAGAAGACUCGAGCUUGAGCAAACUUCCCCGCGAAACCGAGAGCCAGAGCGCGCAGCCGUGCGUUGUACGACCCCACGACAUCGUCGAAAGCUCGCAAGCAGCCACUGGCAUCGUAAUCUUCCGAACUGGAGGAUCCAAACUCACUCAAGACGACUGGAAGGCAUCCCACGGCAGGAACAGUGACAAUAAGAAACUUUCUCGCGCCAACGUCGUGGUAGAGCCUCUGCUUGUGCCUUAAGAGAAAGACGUGAGAAAGAUCAUCUCAUUGUUACAUGUAAAGAAGAAGAAGAAGAAGAAGAAGAAUUGCUACCUCCAAA